AACAACGUUCUAAUUCAGUUGCACAAAACCGCACAGUCGCAUACCGUCAAACAUCGCGCGCUGUCGUUGUCAAACGUUGACAAACACUUUUAUAAUCUGUGCGUUUUUACGAACAAAAACAUCAUUCUAAAUAAAAAAAAAAAACAUUAUAUUGUUGUCCCAAUUUUUCGGCAUUUCAACAUAAAAAAAAAACAAUUGAAGACUGACUGGCUGCAUAGAAAAAAAAAAAUCCGUCAGUUUUACGCGGGUAUUUCUUAGGUAUUUAUUAGUCUGCAUUUUUUAUUGUGAACUUCGAAAUAUUUUAAAAUAUUAUUGCGAGAUGAACAAAUAAAUACAAUUUCAUUCACGGAAAUGCCUAGUGUAGUGUAAUUAUGUAUUUGUGUCGAUUGUUGUUUACAAUAGCUUUAUUGUAUUUUUUGGAUCGAACUGUAUACGGCUCGGAGUUUUUUGACAAUGAUGACCACACAAAACAACUACUCAAUCAUCUAUCGCCAUCAGAGAAACUACUAUUUUUCGGCACAGAUAGUAAAAAUCCCGAAUUCGAGAUAGCACAUUUAAAGUAUCAAAAACGGCGCAAGCGUUACUUGUCACAUGAUAGUCAAGAGUUCAACAACUUAAAGAAACAUCUAGACCUGAAACUGAGUCCUAGGGAUAAGUUCUUAGAUCCCCAAUUUUUGUUGAUCAAACGAUGGAUCAAUGGAACAGAGGUUAUAUUGGAUCAACAUACUGAUGAAGAAUUAGACGCGUGUUACUAUAAAAGUGAACACGCUGCACUAUUUGUUUGCGAUGGUGUGAGAGGACUGAUAAAAUCUAACGAUAGCUUUUACUAUGUACAUCCACUGCCAGAACGAUUUAGUCACGAAAACUAUUCGCCACAUAUAAUUGUAAAACGCCAAAUAGACAACGUAAAUAACAUCGAAGUUAACUAUGAAGAACCCGCUUGUGUAGAACGAGAUAUUAAUGAAUUUAAAUCAUUCUCCCCUAAUAACACAUGGACCAAACAUAGACGGAAACGGAGCAUAUCAACAACAAAUAGUUAUAACAAUAUUAGUUUAAACACAUAUAAAGUAGAUUUAGUACAUAGAAAUAAAACCAUCGAAGCGUUUAUAGAAAAACUGAAAACGGGCGAAAGACGCCAAAAAAGAGCAGUGCUACCAGCGAUCUUUGUUGAAACGGCUGUGUUCGUAGACAGAGAUCUAUACAAACACAUGACGAUCAACUUCCCCAAAGACACAGAGCGGGAGUUGGUCAGAUUCGUGUUAGCCAUGAUUAACGCAGUACAAUUACUAUAUCACGAUCCCAGUCUGGGAAGGCCAGUCAAUUUCAUACUGAAAAGACUAGAAAUUCUCCAUGAAGAUCCAUCGAAUUUGAAACGACCUCACGACAUAGACAGAUUCUUAAGUAACUUUUGCACGUGGCAACGACUAGAGAAUCCACCAGGGGACAACGAUCCCCUACAUUGGGAUCACGCUUUGAUUUUAACUGGCCUAGAUUUAUACGUUGUAAAUAAAAACGGCAAAGUCAGCAGUCAAGUAGUAGGAUUAGCUCCAGUAGCUGGAAUGUGCACUGUAACAAGCAGCUGCACAGUUAAUGAGGGAAGACAUUUCGAGAGCGUCUACGUAGUAGCGCACGAGAUUGGGCACAAUCUUGGAAUGCGUCACGAUGGUCCAUUAGCAGACAACGGCUGCGAUCCGAGCGCCUAUAUAAUGAGCCCAACGCUGGGCAGUGGGAAGAUAACGUGGUCGCAAUGUAGCAGGAACUAUUUGCAGAAAUUUCUGGAUACAUCGCAAUCGCGAUGUCUCUUGGACCACGGCAAUUCCGCAGGUCAGCUGGACCACAGCGCUGAAGGGAUCCUACCUGGUGAACGAUUCGAUGCUGAUCAGCAAUGUAUGUUAAAAUAUGGUCGAGGCAGUCGCCACUCAGGCGCUCAGAACUUAGAGGAUAUUUGCCGAGACUUGCAUUGUCAAAGGGAGCGAUACACUUGGACAUCUCACCCCGCUUUAGAAGGGACCAAGUGUGGGGAGGAUAUGUACUGCCGCGGCGGCGAGUGCGUGGACCGCUGGAGCGGCGCGGUCACGAGGGACGGGCGGUGGGGCAAGUGGUCGCGCUGGUCUGACUGCGCGUCCGCCUGUCUGCUGGACGACGCGCACGCGCCCGCCGCCAGCGGAGUGGCCGUAGCCACCAGACGGUGCAACAGACCCAGAUUGGACAAUGGAAAGAAAUAUUGUUCUGGCCACGAUAAGAAAUACCAGUCAUGCAAUGCACAUCAGUGUAACAACGUGCCAAGAAUGACAGUGCGAGAGUUCACGGACCAGAUAUGCUCCAGAGCUCGCGAGGUAGACCCUGACCUCAUAGGCACAGGUUUGCAGAGGAUGGAUGCUGAUGAUGUGAGCAGCGCCUGCGCAGUAUGGUGUGACACUCGCGGUGGCGGGUACAAGUCCCGCGGCUGGACCUUGCCUGAUGGGACUUCUUGUUCUAGGAUAGCUCCCAUGUAUUGCAUCUCUGGUGUUUGUAGGAAAUUCACAUGCAAUAGCGGAGACGACACUGAAUUUUCCUUGCGACCGUCGGAGUGUGAAUGGGAAGCUUUGCAGUUGCAGACAGUGAAGCCUUCUACAAAAUCGUCAGGAACCUGGCGCAGAGCCGUCGGCGCCGAGUGGGUGCCCACCAGUGGGUGCCACUACCGCUGCGUGCGCGGUGGGAGUGGGAUCCGAUUGGUACAUUCCGCCUCUUCUAACAGGGACAACAUACAGUUGUGCCAGCAGGACAGGGCUCAAUCGGGAUGCAGUCAAAAAAUGAGCGCCUAUCAAUACGCCACAAUGGUUUGCAGCAAGUACAAGGAGAGAGUUAGAAGACUUUCCGGUCUGGGCAUGCAGAUAUCGCCCGCUGUGGAGGACCCAGACCGCCCGUGCCGUGUGGCGUGCCAGGACGAGCGAGUGCGGCACCGCUUCUACCUGGUGAAUGGUCAGGACGGAUGGUUCCCACUUGGCACCGCCUGCGGGAGAAAUAACGCGUCCUACUGCGUCAGCGGGAAGUGCUUGGAAUUCGGUCCAGACCACACUCCGGUAGCGGAGUCCGUGUUCACUCUGCCCUUGCUCGGGAGACACACUUCUGUGUCCUCGAGACACAGACGCAGCUUGCUUCGCGACAGGAUCACUGUGAAGGCCACACUUGACCGACAGCAAAUAGACGAAAUCAUAGCCAGACUUAACUUUACGAACAAAAUCAACGAGCACUUCUCAUACCCAGAGAGUAUUCCAGAAAACAUCCAAGUGGACUUCACCAACCCGAUACAUGUCGCUCCAGAACAGACACUCUUGAAUAAGAUACCGAGACCUACGUGGGAUUGAAUACCAAUGA